AUGGCGAUGUCAGGAACAUACGUGACAGAGGUGCCUCUGAGAGGGUCGGCAAAGAAUCACUACAAGAGGUGGAGGAGCGAAAACCACCUCUUCCCGGACGCCGUCGGCCACCACAUCCAAGGUGUCACCGUCCACGAAGGCGACUGGGAAUCCCACGGCGCCAUCAAGUCCUGGAACUACACAUGCGAUGGGAAGCAAGAGGUGUUCAAGGAGAAGAGAGAGUUUGACGACGAGAAGAUGACGGUGACGUUUAGAGGGCUGGAGGGUCACGUGAUGGACCAGCUUAAGCUGUAUGACGUCAUCUUCCAGUUCAUCCCCAAGUCGCAGGAAGGUUGCGUCUGCAAAGUCACUAUGAUGUGGGAGAAGCGCAAGGAGGAUGUACCAGAGCCCGUCCACUACAUGAAGUUCGUCACGAAAAUGGCGGCUGACAUGGACGACCACAUCCUCAAGAACCAGAAUAAGGCUUAA